GCUUCCACGUAUAUCAGUCAGUUUGGGGACCACGAACGAAUUGACAUCAAGAUGAAGUACAGUCUUCUUUUGCUDCUUGUUUUUGGCUUUGUUGCCUUCACCUUUGCUGCUCCUGCAGCUGAGGAGGAGAACGAAGACGAGCCUGAYCCAAAGGCCAUCGAAGAAGACCCUGAGGAAACAGAAAAUGAUGUGGCCAAGUUUGAAAACGACGAAGAUGAAAAUGCACCGAGUGACGAAACAGAAAAUGAGGUGGCCAUGCCUGAGAACGAUGAAGCUGAAAAGCCAAAGAGCGAUCCAAUCUUGUGGCGUCGCCGUCGUCGCCGCCGCCGUCGCCGCCGAUGCUACCGCCGCUGCUACCGUCGUAGAAGAUGCCACUUCUACCCAUGUCGUCGUUGCAGACGAUACGGACGAUACAGACGUUGCUACUAUAGAAGGUGUCAUAGGUGCUACUAUCGGCGUUAUUGCCGUAGAACUUGCCGCGGAUAAAUGCCAUUACUGACCUGAUGCUACGGAAAGAUCAAAAACGAUUAUGACGCGAAAAACAUGAAAAAAGCAUGGAUAAAAUAUAACGCUUGAGCUUAAAAAACUGUGAAAAAAGGCCAGUCGUAAUGCAUUUUCGUAUCUUUGAGCUAUUUUCAUUCCUUAGUGAAAUUGAGAACAAUAACGAACG